ACGAAACUCUACUGAGAGCACCGGUCAACAUGGACCUGUUCCACACGCCAGCCGGAGCUCUGGAUAAGCUGGUGGCCCACAGUCUGCACCCAGCCCCUGAGUUCACAGCGGCCGUACGGGGUGCUCUGGGGUCGCUAAACAUCGCCCUACAGCAGCACGGAGUCCGAGGGUCACCAAGAGUGAUAAGGAUUGCCAAGGGAGGAGCCUAUGCCCGGGGCACAGCUCUCAGAGGUGGCACCGACGUUGAACUCGUCAUCUUCCUCAACUGCUUCCAGAGCUUUGGUGACCAGAAGACCUGUCACUCAGAGACCCUGGGUGCCAUGCGAAUGUUGCUGGAGUCCUGGGGGGGCCACCCCGGGCCUGGCCUGACUUUUGAGUUUUCUGAGUCAAAGGCGUCCAGGAUCUUACAGUUUCGUCUGGCAUCGGCAGACCGAGAAAACUGGAUAGAUGUUAGCCUGGUGCCUGCCUUUGAUGUCCUAGGACAGCCCCGUUCUGGAGUCAAGCCAACACCCAAUGUGUACGCCUCCCUCCUUAGCAGCCACUGCCAGGCCGGGGAGUACUCAGCCUGCUUCACUGAGCCCCGAAAGAACUUUGUGAACACUCGCCCAGCCAAGCUUAAGAACUUAAUCCUGCUGGUCAAACACUGGUACCGCCAGGUGCAGACACGGGCCGUGAGGGCCACACUGCCCCCCAGCUACGCCCUAGAGCUGCUUACCAUCUUUGCCUGGGAGCAGGGCUGUGGGAAGGACAGCUUCAGCCUGGCCCAAGGGCUCCGGACCGUCCUGGCCUUGAUCCAACACAACAAGCACCUCUGUAUUUUCUGGACGGAAAACUACGGCUUCGAGGACCCUGCAGUUGGAGAGUUCUUGGGAAGGCAGCUUAAGAGACCCAGGCCCGUGAUCCUGGAUCCAGCUGAUCCAACGUGGGACGUGGGCAACGGGACAGCCUGGUGCUGGGAUGUGCUGGCCCAGGAGGCUGAAUCCAGCUUUAGCCAGCAGUGCUUCAAGCAGGCCUCAGGAGUCCUUGUGCAGCCUUGGGAGGGGCCCGGCCUUCCACGGGCUGGGAUCUUGGAUUUGGGCCACCCAAUCUAUCAAGGGCCUAAACAGGCACUUGAAGGCAACAAAGGCCACCUUGCUGUUCAGUCAAAGGAAAGGAGCCUAAAACCUUCCAAUUCAGCUCCAGGAUUUCCAAAAGCAGCCACUAAGAUGCCUGCUAUGCCCAACCCAAGUGUCAGUAAAACCUGCAAGAGCCGCAAGAAAGCAGCUCACCCAAAGACCGUCCAGGAAGCAGCAUUGGAUAGUAUCUCAAGUCAUGUUCGGAUCACCCAGAGCACAGCAUCCUCACACAUGCCUCCUAGCCGCUCUAGCAUCUCCACCGCUGGGUCACGGAUGAGCCCAGAUCUGUCACAGAUCCCAAGCAAGGAUCUAGACUGCUUCAUCCAGGACCACCUUAGGCCGAGUCCCCAGUUCCAGCAGCAGGUGAGGCAGGCCAUCGACGCCAUCUUGUGCUGCCUCCGGGAGAAGUGUGUAUACAAAGUCUUGAGGGUCAGCAAGGGCGGCUCUUUCGGCCGUGGCACAGACCUCAGGGGCAGCUGCGAUGUGGAACUUGUCAUCUUUUAUAAAACUCUCGGGGACUUCAAGGGCCAGAAGCCUCACCAGGCAGAGAUCCUGUGUGACAUGCAGGCCCAGAUACGACACUGGUGUCAGAACCCCGUGCCUGGACUGAGCCUCCAGUUUAUUGAACAGAAGCCCAACGCUCUGCAACUCCAGUUGGCAUCCACCGACCUCAGCAACCAGGUGGACCUCAGUGUGCUGCCUGCUUUUGAUGCUGUGGGGCCGCUGAAGUCCGGCGCCAAACCUCAGCCCCAGGUGUACUCCUCCCUCCUCAGCAGCGGCUGCCAGGCCGGGGAGCACGCAGCCUGCUUUGCAGAGCUUCAAAGGAACUUCAUAAACACUUGCCCUCCCAAACUUAAGAGCCUGAUGCUACUGGUCAAACACUGGUACCGCCAGGUUGUCACUCGAUAUAAAGGAGGAGAGGCGGCAGGCAAUGCUCCGCCCCCAGCCUACGCCCUGGAGCUCCUGACCAUCUUUGCCUGGGAACAAGGCUGUGGAGAGCAAAAGUUCAGCCUGGCUGAAGGCCUGCGGACCAUCCUGAGGCUGAUCCAACAGCACCAGUCACUUUGUAUCUACUGGACGGUCAACUACAGUGUGCAGGACCCAGCCAUCAGAGCAAAUCUUCUCUGCCACCUUCGGAAAGCCAGACCUCUAGUCCUGGACCCUGCAGAUCCUACCUGGAACGUGGGCCAGGGCAACUGGAAGCUAUUAGCUCAGGAGGCAGCUGCCCUGGGGUCACAAGUCUGCCUUCAGACUGGGGAUGGGACUCUGGUGCCACCCUGGGAUGUGACGCCAGCCCUCCUUCACCAGACCCCAGCUGAGGACCUGGACAAAUUCAUCAGUGAAUUCCUCCAGCCCAACCGCCACUUCCUGACUCAGGUGAAGAGAGCCGUGGACACCAUCUGUUCCUUCCUGAAAGAAAACUGCUUCCGGAACUCUACCAUCAAGGUGCUCAAGGUGGUCAAGGGUGGGUCUUCUGCCAAAGGCACGGCUCUACAAGGGCGCUCAGAUGCCGACCUGGUGGUGUUUCUCAGCUGCUUCCGCCAGUUCUCUGAGCAAGGCAGCCAUCGGGCAGAGAUCAUCUCGGAGAUCCAGGCUCAGCUGGAGGCGUGUCAGCAGACGCACAGCUUUGAUGUCAAGUUUGAGGUCUCCAAGAGGAAGAACCCCCGAGUGCUCAGCUUCACGCUGACAUCCCAGACGCUGCUGGACCAAAGCGUGGACUUUGACGUCCUGCCAGCCUUCGACGCUCUCGGCCAGCUGAGGUCCGGCUCUCGGCCUGAUCCCCGGGUCUACAUAGACCUCAUCCACAGCUGCAGUAAUGCAGGAGAGUUCUCUACCUGCUUCACAGAGCUGCAGAGGGACUUCAUUACCUCCCGUCCCACCAAACUCAAGAGCCUGAUCCGGCUGGUGAAACACUGGUACCAACAGUGUAACAAGACCAUCAAGGGGAAGGGUUCCUUGCCUCCCCAGCACGGGCUGGAGCUCCUAACUGUGUACGCCUGGGAGCAAGGUGGCCAGAACCCCCAGUUCAACAUGGCGGAGGGCUUCCGCACUGUUCUGGAGCUGAUUGUCCAGUACCGGCAGCUCUGUGUCUAUUGGACCAUCAACUACAGCGCAGAAGACAAGACCAUUGGUGACUUCCUGAAGAUGCAGCUUCGGAAGCCCAGGCCUGUCAUCCUGGACCCAGCUGACCCAACAGGCAACCUGGGCCACAACGCUCGCUGGGAUCUGCUUGCCAAGGAGGCUACCGUGUACGCAUCUGCCCUGUGCUGCAUGGACAGGGAUGGCAAUCCCAUCAAGCCAUGGCCGGUAAAGGCCGCUGUGUGAAGUCUAGAGAGAUCAGUGGUCACCACUGAUAGAAAGUGACACCAGCCCUCAGCAAGGGAUACUCAGAGUAUCUGAGUGUGUGUGUGUGUGUUGUAUUUGUCUGUAUGUGUGUAUUUGUGGUAUGUCUGUGUGUCUAUAUGAGAGUGUGUCUAUGUGUGUGUCUGUGUAUCUGUGGGUAUCUAUAUGUGUCUGUAAGUGUGUGUGUGUGUGUGUGUGUGUAUUCAUGUGUGUGUGCCUGUUUGUGUAUAGUGUGUCUAUAGGUGACUGUGUGUCUGUGUGUCUGUGUAUCUGUGAGUAUCUAUAUGUGUCUGUAUGUAUGUAAAUGUGUGUAUGUGUGUUCAUAUGUCUGUGUGUGUGCCUAUGUGUAUGUCUGUGUAUCUGUGGGUAUCUAUAUGUGUCUAUCUAUAUGUAAAUGUAUGUAUGUACUUAUGUUCAUGUGUCUCUGUGUGUGAAUGUCUGUGUGUUUAUGUGUAGUGUAUCGUAGGUAUAUCUGUGUGUCUAUAGAUGUAUUACGUCUUUGUGUGUCGACAUGUCUGUGUGUAUGUAUGUGUAUGUUAUAUAUGUAUAUAUGCAUGUAUGUGCUCCCUCACACCAUCUCCCUUCUGCCCACCUGCCCACCCAUAGCCCUCCCUUUCCUCCCACUGUUUACCCACCUAGUGGGGCUUCAUUGACCUCAACCAUGAUCAUCCCGGUGUCCCUGACUCCCACACUAGACACCCUAGGAACCAGACAUCUCUAGAUCUUCCAGUCUGCUGUUCAUCUACCAUGGGCUCUGCCCCAACUUCCACAGCCCCACCCAGGAGUGCCCCAGACCUGCCAAGAAGCCAUACUCCUCCCUGGCAUCUCUCUGCUCCUUGAGCCUGUGUAUAUCCCUCUGCCUACAGAGACCCACCAGCUGAGGUCCAACUAUGUUCCUGUACUGGCUGGUUUUGUGUGUCAACUUGACAUAGGCUGGAGUUAUCAGAGAAAGGAGCUUCAGUUGGGGAAAUGCCUCCAUGAGAUCCAGCUGUGGGGCAUUUUCUCAGUUGGUGAUCAAGGAGGAGGGCCCACUGUGGGUGGUGCCAUCCCUGGGCUGGUAGUCUUGAGUUCUAUAAGAGAUCGAGCUGAGCAAGCCAGGGGAAGCAAGCCAAUAAGAAACAUCCCUCCAUGGCCUCUGCAUCAGCUCCUGCUUCCUGACCUGUUUGAGUUCCAGUCCUGACUUCCUUUAGUGAUAAACAGCAAUGUGGAAAGUGUAAGCUCAAUAAACCCUUUCCUCCCCAA